AAUUUUUUUUUUCUCAUUCCAAGUUAUUUUCAAAAUUUAAACAAAAAUCAAAUUUUUUUUUACAAAAAAAAUAAAAUUUAAAAAAUUUUUAAUUUUUUUAACACAACAAAAUAAUUGAACAAAAAAUUUUCCUCUAAUUUUGAAUUUUAUUAAAAAAGUUACAAUUAAAUUUAUUUAAUUAAAAUAAAAAGGAAGAAAUUUUAAAAUAAUUUUACAUAAUUAAAAGGGAAGAAAAAUAAAAAUCAACAAAAUUUUGUGAAAAUCAACGAAAAAGAAAGGAAGAAAAUAAAAAAAAAAAUUUCAAGGCGAAAAGAAGGCAAAAGUUACAAAAAAAAAAAAAAAAAAAUAUAAAAAAAAAAAAGGAGAAAGAAAAAGUUUUUUUUUUUUUUUUUAAUUAAAAAAAUAAAAGUUUAAAAGAAUUGUUAAACAAAACAAAAGAAUGAGUUCAAAAAAUUCAAUUAAUUUUUUAAAUUUAACUUUUUAUUUAUUAAUUACAUUAAAUAUUAUUUUAAAUAUUUCAUUAAUAAAUGGUUAUAUAUUAAAAGAGGAUGAAUCAUUUUUAAAUGAUCCACAUUAUCGUAGUCAAAAUGAAAUUGAAGAUUUAUUUACAAGAUUGGAAAAAUAUUUUCCAGAUAUUGCUAAAUUAUUUGUUAUUGGUAGAUCAUUACAAGGACAAAAUUUAUUGGUAUUAAAAAUAAGUCGUAAUAUUAAUAAAAGAAAUUUAUUAAUACCAAUGAUUAAAUAUAUUGCAAAUAUGCAUGGUGAUGAAACAAUUGGCCGUGAAAUGUUAAUAUAUUUAACUGAAUAUUUAUUAUUUAAUGAUGGUAAAAUACCAGAUGUUACAAAAUUAAUUGAUACAACUGAUAUAUAUAUAAUGCCAACAAUGAAUCCUGAUGGUUUUUCAAUAUCACAGGAAGGAAGUUGUAAUUCUUUGCCGGGUUUUGUUGGACGUAAUAAUGCAAAUGGAAUCGAUUUAAAUCGUGAUUUUCCUGAUAGAUUAGAUAAUAGUACAAUUGAUCGAGCAAGACAACCAGAAACAUCAGCAGUAAUAAAUUGGAUUACAUCAAAUCCAUUUGUUUUAUCAGCAAAUUUUCAUGGUGGUGCAGUUGUUGCAAGUUAUCCAUAUGAUAAUUCAAUAAAACAUCGUGAUUGUUGUAUUGAAAGUGUAACACCUGAUAAUAAUAUGUUUAAAAAAAUGGCAUCAACAUAUUCAAUAAAUCAUCCGAUUAUGAGAAAUGGACAUAAUUGUAAUGAUUCAUUUAAUAAUGGUAUUACAAAUGGUGCAUUUUGGUAUGAAUUAAAUGGUGGAAUGCAAGAUUUUAAUUAUGCUUUUACAAAUUGUUUUGAAUUAACAAUUGAAUUAUCAUGUUGUAAAUAUCCAUAUGCAUCAGUAUUACCAGAAGAAUGGAAAAGAAAUAAACGUAGUUUAUUGGAAUUUAUAAAAUUGGCACAUGUUGGAAUUAAGGGUUUAAUAACUGAUUUAAAUGGUUAUCCUAUUGCGGAUGCAAAACUUGUUGUUGAAGGUCUUGAGGGUAAACCAAUUUUAAGUACAGAUCGCGGUGAAUACUGGCGUUUAUUGACACCAGGCCAAUAUAAAAUACAAGCACAGGCAUUUGGUUUUCAACCAAGUGAAGUAAAAACUAUUGAAAUUGGUGAAAAUCAACUUGCAACAAGAAUUGAUUUUGCAUUAAAACCAGCUGAAUUUAAUGAUGGUGCUUAUAGGACUGUUGUAAGACAAAGGAAAGGACAAGAUAAAUAUGGAUUUAUACAACCACCAGAAUUUAUACAUCAUAAUUUUGUUGCAAUGGAAGCAUUUAUUCGUAAAUUAUCAGAAACAUAUCCAAUAUUAACAUAUAUGUAUUCAAUUGGUAAAAGCGUACAAGGUAGAAAUUUAUGGGUUCUUGCAAUUGGUAAGAAUCCUAAACAACAUACACCUGGAAUUCCUGAAUUUAAAUAUGUUGCAAAUAUGCAUGGAAAUGAGGUUGUAGGUAGAGAAAUGCUUUUAUUAUUAGCUAAAUAUUUAUGUGAAAAUUAUGGAAUAAAUGAACGUGUUACAAAACUUGUCAAUGAUACAAGAAUUCAUUUGUUAUUUAGUAUGAACCCUGAUGGAUACGAAAUGUCAGUCUUAGAGGAUAAAUAUUCGUAUGGUCGUACAAAUGCUAAUAAUGUUGAUUUAAAUAGAAAUUUUCCUGAUCAAUAUGGCAUAAAUAAUUUCAAUGCAAAACAGGAAGUUGAAACUUUAGCUGUAAUGAAUUGGACAUUAUCUAUACCAUUUGUAUUAUCAGCAAACUUACAUGGUGGAUCUUUAGUUGCAAACUAUCCCUAUGAUGACACCGAAGAAUCAUUUAAAAAUGAAGUACUUAGUCGAUUAGUACAUGCCGAGAGGAAUCCAACAGAAGAUAAUGAUAUUUUUGUUCAUUUAGCUAAAACUUAUUCGAAUUCACAUCCGACAAUGCAUUUAGGUGAACCUUGUCCGAAAUUCCCAUUAGAGAAAUUUAAGAAUGGCAUAACGAAUGGAGCACAAUGGUAUUCGGUAACUGGAGGAAUGCAGGACUGGAAUUAUAUAAAAGCAGGUUGCUUUGAGUUAACAUUAGAGUUAAGUUGUGAAAAGUAUCCAAAAUCAUCAGAAUUACCUGAUUUCUGGGAAGCGAAUAGAGAACCACUUUUAAAAUAUAUGGAACAAAUACAUGGUGCUGUUCAUGGUUAUAUAAAAAGUUCGAUUGGUCAUCCUGUUGCCGGAGCUAAAAUAUGGAUCGACGGUAGAAAAAUGUUUUCACAUACUGGAAUUAAUGGUGAUUAUUGGAGAUUAGUUUUACCUGGAAAACAUAAUAUAACAGUGAUCGCUGACUCGUAUGAACCACAUAUACAAGAAUUCGAAAUUAAGGGUAACGGAUCGAUUUCAUUACGUUUAGAUAUAUCUUUAAUGCAUGAUGAUGCACAACAUUGGGCUUCCGCACACGAUUACAGAAUAAUUCAACAUGUUGUUAAUACCAAAUACUACACGAAUAGUCAAAUUAAUAGGCAAAUGAAUGAAUUGCAAAGACUAAAUAUAGAUUUUGUUGCCUUUGAAGCUGGAGGAGAUACAAAUAUUCCGAAGAAAUAUCAUUCUUUGAAAGUUACAUCAAGUAUUGGUUCACCUGAAGAAACGAAAUUCCACAUUUUAAUACUAAGUUCUGUAUUCAGUUCGAUUCCAGUAGGAAGAGAGCUUACAAUGAACCUAGCUCGACAUAUAAUUGCGGGCAAUAAGGAACCUCCAGUUGGAAAGCUACUUAAUAAUACAGUUAUUCAUUUCUUGCCUGUAAUGGAAGGAUUUGAAGAUAUUUAUAAUCAAUAUAUGUCAAACCCAUCAAUAUGUGAUCCAGAAGUUGAGAAUGAACUUGCAGCCAGUAUUGUAAGUCCUGAAUCGCAACCGCAGCGAAAUCUACUUUUAAAAAUGCUUGAUAAUGAAGGAUUCGAUUUAAUAUUGUCAUUCUCUUCCGGUGGAUCUAAUAUUUAUUACCCUCAGCCGAAAAAUGAUUCAGUUGAAAUAUAUCCGAAAUUGGCAAAGACUGUUCAAACAACACAACAAUCAGAGUUUUUGAUUUCACCACCAAAACCAUGCCCAUCAAGCAAACUUCGAUCGAACCAAAAUGAAAUUGUACAAAAAAUAACGAAUCUGUUUUAUGAUAUAUAUCACAUUCCAAUGCUUACACUAGAAGUUUCUUGCUGUAGAAUGCCAGUUGCUAAGGAUAUUGGUACAGUAUGGCGGGAGAAUUUAGAUAAACUAUUAAAUUUCCUUUAUUUGACUGAAACUGGUAUUAAAGGAUAUGUUAAAAACAAAAGAGGACAGCCUGUAAGAAAUGCUCACGUUCAAAUUUCCGGACAAAAAUCCCGAGUACAAAGUGUUACUCGAAAUCUUGCUCAUUUCCGUUUGAUUUUACCUCCAGGAAAAUUUGAUUUGAUUGUAAAAGCAAGUGGACACAAAACUAAAAUUAUUAGUUUAGAAGUAUACAAAGGAUUAAUAAAUAAUUUGGGAGAUGUAUUUUUAGAUAUCGGUCGAAAUAAUGAAAGUGAACAUAUUGAUUUUACACCAAAAACACAACAACAAAAAGAAGGAAAUUUCAAUGAUGCUACCAUAACCGGAUUUGUAUUGGAUAAUUUAAAUCAUCCAAUUCAAAAUGCCAAAGUAUCUAUAAUAUCACCAGAUUUACCACAUACAACAUUUUCUGAUAGUAGUGGAAUAUAUACUUUAAAAGAUAUACCAGCUGGUGAUGUAACAUUAAAAGCAGAAGCACCUGGACAUGAAUUUGGAACACGUUUAGUACAUGUUGGUACAUUUGGAGGAGAAACGAUACGUGGUGUUAUAUUUAGAUUAGAAAUUGAUGAUCGAAUAUGGGGCCUACCACGUUUAUUAUUUAUAGUUAGUACAGGAUGUAUAUUAGUAUUGUUAAUAGUUUGUUGUGCGAUGUGUGUACAAUUUGUUGGAGCUAAAACAAAUAAAAUAACUGGAACAGCUAGACCUCAUUAUAAUUUUUCGAUAUUAUCUCAAAAAGGUAAUCCUAAACGUUUAUUUGAUGAUGAUGAAGAUGAUUUAGAUGAAACAGAAUUAUUUAGAUCACCUAUAAAACGUGGUAUAAAAGCAACACCUUAUUAUGAUGAUGAUAGAGAUCCUAUUAUCGAUACAGACGAAGAAGAUGAAAGUGAAGAAGAUAUUGUUAUGCUCAAUAAAAAUGGCAACAACUGUGAUUAAUUGAAUCCAAAAUUUCCUUAAAAGAUGAAUUUACUGACUUAUAAUUAAAUAUAUUUUAGUUAAAUUUAAAUAAAAUAUUAUAAUUUAUUUUGUUUUAUAAAAAAAAAAAAAUUUUUUUAUAAAAAAAAAUUUGCAAUUAAUUAAUAAGUUUCGAAUUUCUUUUACUUUACGAAUAAAGUAAAAUGUUUAGUAUGAAAAAAUUUAAAAAUUUACUUAAAUAACUAUUUAAUUAUUUUUUCAAUAAUCGAAUUAAUAGUAGUCGAGUUUUUACAACUAAUUACAACAUUUAUUUUU